AUUUAGGUUAUGGGUAUAUAUGGAUGUUUCCUGUUUUUGGGGUUUGUUCUUAGUUUGGUUCUUGUAUGACUUGACUUGCCUGGGGAUUUUGCAGGUGUCGCUUCGGUUUUGAUUAUCGAUUAUACUCGUUCUCGCCUCGCUUUUGUUCACCGCGCAUGACGUUGAUAUGGAUACGAGCGUCCUGCCGACUCUGAAUAAUGUGUGGCCUGUAGGCCUGGUCGUGGUGGUGCUGACUGGAUUCUACAUCGCGUUGGAUAGAUCGUAUGGGAAAACCAUCCUGAGACUUCGCUCCCGUCGAGUAUCGUCUGCUACAACGCCCCCGCGAUCGAUCUCCCCCGAUACAAAGACAAAGGCGCCAUCGUCACAGUCGGGUUAUUCGCAUGCCUUGCCACCACAGCGUCGACAGGCUCUCGCCGAACUGAAGGGCUACACGGGGCUAUGGAAGGAUGUUGACGAGGCAGAGGUCAACCGGCGUCCGCUGUCUAUGGAGGCAGACUACCGAGAGUCUGAAGACCAGAGAUACACGCCGACCGGGUUUUCUGUAGAGGAAAUCAAAGCAUUAGGUGAUUUCCCGGACUAUGCGACACUCAGCGGUGUGCCUAUGCCUUCGCCAUACACCGAGUUUGAUAUUGAAAAGGCGUUGCCACGGCCUUAUCGUCCGUUUAGAUGGGGUUACCACCAGACUAUGUCCCUCACAAAAUUAGAAACGGACUGGUGGCUCGAACUCGAAAAUACCUACAAAGCCCGAAUCGCCCAGCGAAAGGAACUAUACGCCAAACACGGCUCCGAUCUUCUGGGAUAUCUCCCCGGCUCAGAACUAGCCUGCAAAGAACUCAUGGAGAUGGUCUUACAGUUUGCCUGCGCACGAUACCCGCAGUACUUUUCCAUCGUGGACAAUCGAAUCUUUCAGAACAGAAUCCUCGGCACAGAGCAGGACGUCACUUCUAAGCAUCCACUGGAGAUUCUGCUCGAUAAUAUACCCGAGGACUUUGCAAUUAUGCUGCGUGAUGAGAAGACGGGCUUCUACUUCCUCCGUGCGGGCGUGAUUUGCUCUGCGCUGGGCUGGAAUGUAGCUACCAAGGUUGGCCUUCAGCUUCAUGAGAUUCACCAGCCUGUCCCGGACUACAAAGAGAAGAUGCAAUUCUCCAUGGACAGAUUCUUCACCAAAAUGCCCACCGAAAAACCAAUCCAGCGAGGAUCCUGGGGCCUGGAAGUUGGAAAACCGCUCUACAUGCCCAAAGGCGACCCGCACGAGGUCCAGCGACUAUCUCAAGACCCCAACCUCAAACUGGAAGACUGUCACCUACGAGUCGACUGGCAGACACUGCGCCGUCUUCCUCUCUCCGCGGCGAUCGUGUUUAACUUCAAGGCGCUCUUCACGCCUAUUAGCGAAUUCCGCGAUGAACCUGGUGUUCCGGCGCUGGUGGCCAAGGUCUUGAAAGAGGGGAAGAAGAAUCUGAUGGAGUAUAAGAGUACAUGGCAUGUGGAACAUGUUGUACUCCCGAGCCUGGAGGAGUGGGCGAAAGAGCAGGAGGAAACAGGGUUGAUUGAGAAGGAUUGGGAAGUGGCUACUUUGGAGGAUAGUCCGUGGUUUAAGAAUUGGGAGGAUAAAUGGCAUCGACAACAGGGGUUUUAGCUUUUUUUUCUUCAAGAUUGUACUGCGUUUUCUGCUGGCUGGUGGUUAUAUGAUAACUUGGGAGGUAUGCGUUCUAUUUUGUAUAUGGGUAGGUUACAUUGUUUAAUGAUGCACAUGAUGAAGAUAAGGAUAUCAUUUAUAUUUCAGUAGAUGUUCAGAAUAUCUAAUAGUAGCUCGUCUCAUUCAAGAGUCAAGUUCAAUAGAAGCAGCAUUCCCGGGGCGUUUAAGCAAAAGGGCAAAUCAGUCCAUCGCGGGCAUAUCU